AAAAAGCACUUAUAUCAACAAGCCCUUCUUCUUACACAGUACUGUAAAAACAAAACAGUAAACCUUUUCAAACCUUCCAAAAAACCAUGAAGUUUGGCAAAGAAUUCACAUCCCAAAUGGUACCAGAAUGGCAAGAAGCAUACAUGAACUACAACCACCUCAAAACCCAUUUAAAAGAAAUCCAACGCGUCAAACUCCGACACAAACCACCACCACCACCGCCCACCGGCCUCAAACGAAAACUCACCCUUUACAGAGCUUUCAGCGGCUUAACACAAAGAAUCGCUUCUCCCAGAAGUCCUUCUACCUCCUCAGACAUCGAAAACCAGGCCAUUGUAGUACAAUGGUCUGAUGGUGGCGAUCAGUACGAGACGAUGUUUUUGAGGGCGGCAGAGGAGGGAGGAGAGCAUGAGUUGGUGUACUUUAGGAGACUUGAUGAAGAGUUUAAUAAAGUGGUUAAGUUUUAUAAGUUGAAAGUAGAGGAAGUUAUGAAGGAAGCUAACAUGUUAAAUAAGCAAAUGGAUGCUUUGAUUGCUUUUAGGAUUAAAGUGGAAGGACCCAGGUCGGAGAGGUGGCCGGAGAGUGAAGGGUCGGUGGAGAUCACUGCCACGGAAGUAAUAGAAGAAGAGGAAUCAAGCAGCCAUGGUCACUCAGAUGAAUCAGGUGAUGAUAAAUUUUCCAAUGAGAACAGAUCCAUCAACCAAAAUGCCAAACAACACAAGCCAAAGAACUCCAAAGCCCACCCUAGGACAGCUCCUUUGGAAAUACUUAACCAAGUGAAAAUGAACAACACUCUCGAGACUCCUAGGUCCACCAUUAAAGGCCUUCUCAGUGUUCAUAAUCCGAAAGAGAUCAAAUUCAGCAGAGAAAAUCUAAAAAAAGUCGAAGAACAACUUAAGCGGGCUUUCAUUGAGUUUUAUCAAAAGCUUCGGCUUCUUAAGAGUUACAGCUUCUUGAAUAUGUUGGCAUUUUCAAAGAUCAUGAAGAAAUAUGACAAGAUAACUUCAAGAAAUGCAUCAAAAGCUUACUUGAAGAUGGUAGACAACUUCUACCUUGGCAGUUCUGAUGAGGUUAAUAAGCUUAUGGACAGGGUUGAAGCUACAUUCAUCAAGCAUUUUUCAAACUCAAACCGAAGUACAGGGAUGAACAUCUUAAGACCAAAAGUGAAGAGAGAAAGGCAUAGGAUAACAUUCUCCUUAGGGUUCCUAGUUGGCUGCUCAAUGGCACUCCUAAUUGCCCUUAUUUUGGCUAUACAUACUCGCAAUAUCAUAAGCAAACAAGGCCACGAACAGUACAUGGUUACAUUGUUUCCCCUUUAUAGCUUGUUUGGAUUCAUCACGCUUCACAUGCUCAUGUACGCUGGAAACAUAUACUACUGGAGGCAGUACAGAAUCAAUUAUUCAUUUAUGUUUGGUUUCAAGGAAGGAACUGAACUGGGAUACAGAGAAGUUCUCCUCCUAAGCUUUGGUGUUGCAUUGCUAGCAUUAGCAUCGGUGCAUGCAAACCUCGACAUGGAAAUAGACCCUAAAACUCAAGAUUACAAAGCAAUUACUGAACUCGUGCCUAUGGGACUUCUAGUCUUCUUGAUUGUCAUAUUGUUCUGCCCGUUCAACAUCAUUUAUCGAUCAAGUCGCUUCUUUUUACUUGCGUGUGCAUUUCACUGCCUUUGUGCUCCUCUCUACAAGGUGACACUUCCUGAUUUUUUCUUGGCAGAUCAGCUAACAAGCCAGGUGCAAGCAUUUAGAAGCCUAGAGUUCUAUGUUUGUUACUAUUUUUGGGGAGACUACAAACUCAGGCAAAAUACUUGUAUGGAUAGUGGUGUCUACAACACAUUCUAUUUCAUUGUUGCCACAAUUCCAUUUGUGUCUCGUCUCCUUCAGUGCCUUCGACGCUUUUACGAAGAGAAAGAUGGUAUGCAAGGACUCAAUGGACUGAAAUAUUUCAUAACCAUAGUAGCUCUUUGUAUGAGGACAGCUUACUCUCUUAACAAAGGGCUUAGUUGGAAUAUAUUGGCAUGGAUUGCCUCUGCGAUUGCCACGGUUUUUAGUACCUAUUGGGACCUAGUCUUCGACUGGGGUCUCCUUCAAAAAAAGUCAAAGAACCGUUGGUUGAGAGACAAGCUCCUAGUCCCACAGAAGAGUGUCUAUUUUGCAGCCAUGGUUUUGAAUGUUUUGUUGAGAUUUGUUUGGUUGCAAACAGUGUUGGAUUACCAGGUUUCUUUCUUGCAUAAACAAACCUUAGCUGCAAUUGUACCUGUCCUAGAGAUCAUUCGUCGUGGCAUAUGGAAUUUCUUCAGGUAUUUUUCAAGAUAUUGUCACAAUUUCAUUUACAGAGCUUGUGAUUGAUUAUCUAAUUUACUAUUUUUAUGGUGAUUGUUUUUGUUUGAUUUGUUGAUCAGGAUGGAGAAUGAACAUCUAAAUAAUGUCGGCAAAUAUCGUGCUUUUAAGUCAGCACCUCUGCCUUUCAACUACGAUGAAGAUGACGACAAAAUCGAGUGAAACUUAAUAGCACAAAGCGGGAGUAUGGGCAAGAAAGAGCACAAAGAAGUUCGGAAGGCCUAAAAGCAUUAAUGUAUUUUAUAUUACAAAAAAUUAUAAAAUUAUUUAUUUAUUUAUUUAUUUAUUUUUGUUGCAAUAUAUAUGUUCAUUGUUGACGGUAAAUUAAGCCAAUAAACAUAAACAUAGUGUUA